AAAAGUGCUACUAAUACUGCACAGGUGUGCGUAGCACCAGUGACUUUCAGUGUGUGCUUGUGGGUGUGUAUCCGUGCGUGAAUCCGUGUUGUUUCGAAAUUGACCGUGCGUGCGUGCGUUAUAUCUCGUGUCGUCCGUAUAUGCGUGCGUGAAAAGUAGGCUGCUCGUUUUCACCCUCUCUCACCCUCCCCCACCCCCGCGCAUUUCCACCAUUCAUAUUUUCUCUUUUGUGUGUGCACACACGCGCGCACGCAGGUGAACGCAUACAAACAUACGCAGAGCGAGCCGUCACCGUCAUCACACGAAGCCGAUCUCGCUGGAGAGCGCGAGCACGAGAGCGAACGGUCGCUCGAAGCGAAAGCGAGAAGGGUGUACUGCUGGUGUUUGCGCCCAAAACCCGUGCCACUCUUUCAUCUAGCGCUGUGCUACCAGCCUGAGGGGGGGCUGUCACCAUGCGCCAUGAUGGGGAAAGCGAAACAGCAUAACGCAUUGCUCACCUGCCGAGCAGACUAACAAGAGAGAAAACACCCCCUGAACGAUAAACGAGCGACCGAGUGAGAGCGAAUAGGUGCGCGCGCAGGUGAAGGUGAAAAAGAGAGAUCACCUUUCGCUCGCACACGUACUCAAUUCCACAGCCGACCGAGAGACGAAGCGCUACGCAAUAUAACGCGCAUUAGCAAACACUCUCUCCCUCUCUCCUUCUCUAUCUCACCCUCGCCUUCUCUCUCAUACCCACAAACUAGUAGCGCCACAAAUUUGUUGGUUGGAACGAGCGAGUAAACAGCGAGCGUGAGAGUGCGCGCGCGCGCUCUCACACACCGCUUGCGCAAGAGCGAGAGCGGUAUACUUUAAUACCUUCACGGGGGUGAAAGAACAAAAAGCAAACCCUAGAGAGAGAGAGCGAACAGUGAUGGCGUACGCAGCAGCAGCGACAGUAGCACCCGACCAGUAUUAGUGCACCGCACGGUCCGUGACAGCAACACACUGGCAAGGCAGCGCUGAAGCGCAACGCACACGGGGUUUUUUUUUGACACGCGGGGAGUUUUUUUUCGUUGCGAAAAACGCGACCCGUUUUUGUUUUCCUCUGUUUGCGUGCACUCCUUUAUCAAAAAAACGCGCCGGGACAUGUAAACAGUGCCUAUCAGUGCUUCCGGUGUUGUGAAACGGCGCGGGUGUCUGUGUGUGUGUGUGCACGCGUGCGGUGGUACGCAAAACACACGCAGCGAUAAUCUACCACAACGCCCAAGUGCGCCCACCCCUUCAAAAGCGGUUAACUGGGUCGCCACCGCCGUGUGUUUAUAAGGAGAGAUUAAAAGGCGCGCUUGAAAGGAAGACAGGGGGAACGCACAACACAGUCCCCAACAAACAAACCAACAAAAACAAAAGGAAAAAAAAAACAAACACGUAAUGAUGUACUUUGCGAGGCCAACGAUUGAUUGCUCGAACAAGAAGAACAGCUGGUUUCGCCCAUUUUCGAUGCGCUGAUCGUGACGGCUGCCGAGUUCGAUUAGAGCACACUACACACUACACACACACCACAAACACACCACACUUUCAUACAUACACACCACCCACACUCGGCUACACCCCGUAUCUUCGACAUCUCCUUGCUACAGUGACACAAAACACACACACACACUUACACGCUCGCAACACAACUCGCCACCUGGAAAAACCAACACCCCCCCCAGAGAGGCUUGAGAACUGUUUGGCGAAAUUGUCCGUAUCUGUCGUAUUUUCCGACUGCAAAACAUUACGUGGAUCAGAAAGGAAGAGGUAGUAAGGUGAGGAGAACCCUUGCUUCAACCCUUAAUCCACACAACAUCGCCUUUCCUUCUGACGCUUUACGAGACAACAAAGCCCCCUCAUCUUGCGCCUCAACCAUAUCCUCAUCAAGCGGAAGGUUGUAGGACAAACAAGGACCCAAGGACCCCCAGGACGACCAGCGCAGUGCAAAGCCCGACACAAAAACAAAAACCCCCAGAAGCCAACAACAGCAACAGACAGACACAUCCUAAAGAAAACCCGUCGAUCAACUUUUCCCGCCCCGUCCCGCUCCUGUAGGCAGCUCGCCCGACAUCCACCAGAAUUUCCCAUCCGGCGUCCAUCUUCAACACACGCACGACGCACACACGCACUCACGACAACGGUGACGCACCCGCGGGUGUGUGUGUGUGUGUAAGUCGGUGGGGGGGCGGAGGCGGCAUUGACACGGAAAGGCGGGAAAGAUGAAGAAAUUCACCUUCAAGGGCGUUUUGGACGGGUUUCGGUCGUCGGUCAACCAGCAGACACCGGCGGGUGGCGGUGCGGCCAAAAUCUGCAUCGAGCAGGAGAUACAGGAAACGCUCCGUACGGAACACUUUCAGCUGAAAAAGACCUUUCGCCAUGGCUUUCCCUACUCGCCCACGGCGCUGGCCUUCGAUCCCGUCCAGCGAAUUUUGGCCGUGGGGGACAAGUUUGGCUCCAUGCGGCUGUUGGGCAAGUUCGGUGUGGAUGCCUGCGUGAAGCACGAGGGUGAAUCGGCCUGUGCCGUCAAUCUGAUCGAGUUCCUGGUAAAUGAGGGGUGCCUGGUGACGGCCACCGCCGACGAUACGCUGCAUCUAUGGAAUUUCCACACCAAAAUCCCGAAGGUGGUGCAGAGCCUGAAGUUCCAGCGGGAAAGAAUAUCUCGGCUGCAUCUGCCCAUCGGUACCAAGUGGCUGUACAUUGGAACAGAGAAGGGCAAUACGCACAUCGCCCACGUCGAUUCGUUCACCCUCAGCGGCUACGUUAUCAAUUGGAACAAAGCUAUCGAUCCCAUUCGCAAGACGCACCCCGGCGCAGUGGUUCACCUGUCCGAUAAUCCGCUGGAUGCAAACAAGCUGCUAAUAGGAUUCGAGUCCGGUCAAUUAGUGCUGUGGGAUAUGAGAGGAAAAUGUGCGGAAUUUCGCUGGCUGUCGCAAGAGCCGCUCAGCUCCUGCUCCUGGCAUCACGAAGGGAAACACUUCAUAACAUCACACACCGACGGUUCUUUAUGUACGUGGCCUUUGAAACUUUCACCAAAACCCUUAACUCAUAGUUUUCCUCACGCUAAAACGAACAAGGAAGGAAAAACGGAAAGCUGUAACUCUAUUCAAAAAGUCGAAGUGAAAACGAAUAGAAUAGGAGAUCAAUUUACCAUUUUCUCGGGCGGUCUGCCGACGGAGAAAUGCAGUCCCAAGUCGCACUGCAUCACCGUCAUGGUGCAGGGCAAAUCGACGACCGUCCUGGAGAUGGAGCACAGCGUAGUCGACUUUGUGACCAUGUGCGAGAGUCCGUGGGUCAGCGACCUGCAAGAACCGUACGCCGUGGCGGUACUGCUGCAGAAUGACCUCGUACUGAUCGACCUGCUGACGCCCGGCUAUCCCACGUUCGAGUCGCCUUAUUCGAUGGACCUGCACGAGUCGCAGAUCACCUGCUGUACCUACCUGGCCGACUGUCCGUCCGAUCUGGUGCCCGCGUUCUACUCGGUUGGACGGAGCGCGGCCACGAACCGGCGCUCCGGCUACUCCGAGCGCGAGUGGCCGAUCAAUGGCGGCGAAUGGCAGCCGACCUCCUGCAGCUAUUCGGAAAUUAUCCUCACCGGUCACCAGGACGGUUCGAUCAAGUUCUGGGACUCCAGUGCCGGUACGCUGCAGGUGCUGUACAAGUUGAAGACGUCGAAGAUCUUCGAGAAACCCCGAGUGAGAUCGCUGGACAGCGGCGAGGAGGACCCGUUAGCCAUUUCAAUGCUGUCCCUGUGUGCGGAAUCGAGAAAGCUUUGUGUUGCCUGCAACUGUGGUUAUGUCGUUCUGUUCAAGUUCCGGAGAGCCGAAAGCACCGGGGACAUUGUGGUUUUGGACAUUCCGUUCACCAUGGAAACUUUUACCGAAUUUGAAGGCAGUCCCGAAUGUGAGUUCAUACCUAAAUCACUGCCAAAAACCGUUGACUCAACCGAGAGCGAUAAGAAGAACUGCAGUUUAUUGAAGGUGAAAACUGGACCACAGCGAAAGCCACCCGGGUUUCAAGCUCAGCUGGUAUGCGUUCCGUCGUGGGCGUGUGGCAGUGUGCAGAUAACUGCGCUCACCAUCAACUCCAACUACGGACUUAUGGCGUACGGCAACGAGUACGGCUUAACGAUAGUGGAUAUUGUGAAGAAAACGUGCGUGCUAAACCUGUGCACCCAGGAAAUCUAUGGCGCCCAGGACCCGUACUCGCGGACGCCCCGAAGUCCGAAGCGUUUGGAAAAUAGUCAAUCGAAGGACGAUUCAUUGCGUUCCCCUAGUAUAGAUCAGACCGGCCACGAUGAGCCGGCACGACCGGAACAGAUGGGCGAAACGGUGGGUCCCUCGGUACCCUGUCCGGCCGUUCCGCCUUCCACCUUCGCUACCUGCGCGUCGAGUGGUGCACCGGGCACCACCAACACCGUGAGCAGGGAGCCGGCCACUAUGCCGGACUGUGAUGUGGAGGAGCCACCGCCGGUGAUGGGGGCGGUGGCUGGGGUGCCGGGCCCAGCGCAGAUGCAGGCACCACCGGUCGACGAGGCGGCUGCGGCGGCGGCGGCGGCGGCACGGCGUGCCAAGAAAUCUUUCAUAGAAUCCCUCCCACUGCCGAAGUGGCUGCGGAGUUUGAAUAAAUUGGAUAACUCAUUCUCGAGAUCUCGUUCAUCUUCUAUGUCAAGCUUAGAAAAUAAUGCAAUGGAGGCUGUGACUUGUUUGGCUUUUGCCGAUAGUUAUGUAAAAAAAAGCGAUCCCUCAAUGGCGUUGCCUACUGCAUGGUUAGGAACCAGUUUAGGAUCGAUCCUAACCAUCUCUCUAUCCAUUCCGGAGAACGAUCUGAGAAAAGCGAACGUGGUCCAGUCGGCACCAACCGGAGCUAUGUUCCGGCUGAAGGGGUCCAUCCUUUCGAUGUCACUGCUUGACUGUAACGGGGCACUCAUUCCGUACUCGUUUGAAAGCUGGCGCGAAGAUUCGAAGGACGGCAAAGAAAAGCGGGAAAGGACGCCAACCAAGACAUCAUCCACCAAGAUGAGCCCUACCAAUCCGGACGGUUUGUGCGAUCGGCAAUUCAUAGCGAUCGCGAGCGAGAAGCAGGCGGGCGUGUUUGCACUACCCAGCCAAAACUGCGUCUACCGGAAGAAGCUGGUCGAUUUCGAUUUUAUCGUGAAGGCAGAAAUCAUUAGCAUGAAAGAUAGUGUCUGCCUGAUAUGCUACGCUUCUAACGGGCAUCUGAUGGUGUUUACUCUACCGAGCCUGAAACCGCUGCUCGAAGUUGAUUUUCUUCCAUUGGCCGAUCUAAGUUUCCAAACCAAGUGUAAACAGGGCGUGGUGGAUCCAAUGCUGUCCAUUUGGGGGCAACAACUUAUAGUCAAUGAAGAUUCGAAUGUGAUUUCACGGACGUUUAGCUUUAGUAACAAGGGCCACGGAUUGUAUCUAGCCACACCCACCGAAAUCCAAAAAUUUACCGUUUGCCAAGAAUUCAGCCACCAAUACAACAAUAUGCUUGGCGAUCUCUACGUACCUCAUGAAAUGCCGGAAGCACCGAAGGAAAGCUUCUUCAAAGGACUGUUCGGCGGAGGCAUGCGCAACCUCGACCGAGAGGAGCUGUUCGGUGAAUCGAGCGGCAAGGCGAACCGAUCGGUGGCGAAACACAUUCCCGGGCCGAACGCCAACAUCCAGGAGCUGAAUGCCCGGACGACGUCGGUAACGUCGGAGAUCGGUAAGGCGCACCAGCUCAUGCUCGAGCGCGGCGACAAGCUGAGCCAGCUGGAGGAGCGCACCGAGCGGAUGGCGAACGAGGCGCAACAGUUCUCCAGUUCCGCUCAUCUGCUGAUGAACAAGUAUAAGGACAAAAAGUGGUACCAGUUGUAAAUCACCCCCUCCCCCCUCCCAACAAGGGGUGCUUUUUAACACGGCGUGCGGAUACGAAGGACACGCAGGAUUUGCGUUAUAAGUGUGCGUGUGUGCGCGUGUGCUUCGCUGUGGGGUGCAUGGUUGUGACCAUACGGUUUUGUUUGCCAAUGCUGUUACGGAGUGAAAACCCCUGCACGCAACCAUGCACUACCGACACUCACACAUACACACACACAUCUAUAUUCACAUGCGCGCCCACACACGCACAGGAAAAGAAGGAGACCGUUCCAACGCAUCUGCCGCACACCGGUGGAGAGCUAAAACAUAAUGGCCGGUUUUUGCUUAGUGCCACACACACACCUGGCAACCCCUUCGUUACGGAAGGGGUGUACUGGGAAUGGAAGGGGGUGGGUGGUGCAACAUAUUUUUUUCCACCGGCUAACAACUGGGUGGAAAUGAGGAAAGAGUAGAAAACAAACCAAUGUUCCGUGGGGCAUUGUGUGGGAAAAAAUGGGGACACAGACACACCAUCACCACCA